GCGCGUGGUUGUCAUCAUACGCGAAUUGUAUUUCUGUCGUAGUGUGUCGUAGCACAACACUAGUAACACACUUUUCGUUGCUUUUGAGUUUUGAGUGUUGCGUGCAUACUCGUCCCGCUACUCUACUGUUGACCUUGCUUACCGACGUCCCUCCCUUCUUAGUAGUUAAGUGAAAUAAUAACAAUUAAAAAUAAAGUUUAACUAAAAAAAAAAUAACUUAUCGUGCUUCGUCUAUUCAUUGACCGUGAUCCGUGACCUCUAAGAGGUCGUUCUGUAGGUACUAUCUUCAGACUCGCGGUUUUAAAAUAGAGCGAAACAGCGUACACUCUUGCGGUUGCUCAAUUGAUAGCUGAUCGAACUACUGACAGUACGUUACUGUUUAGUGUUCGUCGUCAAUUACCAUUGAUCCACCAGGACUCUGCUAGCUGAACAUGAUUAAAUAGUCGCACGUUAACAUUGUAUAUAAAUAUAUUUAAAUUAUCAGUCCUCUUCCCGUGCUUAAAAGCCCAAAUUGUUGUCAGUUUGUUCGUUUACACUGAACAUAAUGGAGGAAGAUCAAAAGAGAUUCAUUGAACGGGGUUCUCACAAGGGAAAAGGACUUGCUGUUUUCACCAGCGGGGGUGAUUCACAAGGUAUGAAUGCGGCUGUCCGUGCAGUUGUUCGUAUGGCUAUAUACCUUGGCUGCAAGGUGUUUUUCAUUAAAGAGGGUUACCAAGGUAUGGUGGAUGGCGGAGAUAACAUAGAAGAAGCUAAUUGGUCUUCGGUGUCAUCUAUAAUACAUAAGGGUGGUACUGUUAUUGGCUCAGCACGAUGUAUGGAUUUCAAAGAACGUGCAGGACGAGUAAAGGCUGCUUGCAAUCUGGUUAAACGAGGAAUUACAAAUUUGGUAGUCAUUGGAGGUGACGGUUCUCUAACUGGAGCCAAUCUAUUCAGACAAGAAUGGUCUAGUCUUCUAGAUGAAUUAUUACAGACUUCACAGAUUAAUAAAGCAGAACGUGAAAAAUAUGGACAUUUAAAUAUUGUCGGAAUGGUUGGUUCUAUUGAUAAUGAUUUUUGUGGUACUGACAUGACAAUUGGUACGGAUUCUGCAUUACAUCGCAUUAUGGACGCAAUUGAUGCUAUUGUGUCAACAGCCUAUUCGCAUCAGAGAACAUUUAUUAUGGAAGUAAUGGGACGUCAUUGCGGUUUAAUAACGCCGCUGUUGCAUAUAAAGGUACCUUGCACUUGUCACAGCCCUCACUAGUGAAGCUGACUACGUGUUUAUACCAGAGAUGCCACCACCACGUGAUUGGCCAACCAAACUUUGCACCAAAUUAGAGCAGGCAAGGAUUAUAUUAUAGAAAGAAAAAUAAUACAUGAUCGUUACCUUAACUUGAAAUUCUUGUCAACUUCUUCUCAGACAUGUAUUUACCAACACACCUUUAAAUCUAUUAACAACCGCUCGCACAUUUUGAUUUUAUAAUUUAUAUAUAUAUUAUACUAAAGCAUGAUUAUCCCAGUGUUAUAUUUUAUCUGUCUUUUUGCUUAACUAUUUUAAAUUUUAAGUUUUAUUCUCGCCUCAUUUGUAGAUAAGGUCAUAGGAAGCUCACAGCGUUAAUUCAUUUUAUCUAUAGAUUAUAAAGGAAACUGGUCUGAUUUGUUUGUGGCUAUGUCGCGGGGUGAAGUGUACAGUAGUGGCAAAAUCGUAAAAUUAAUAAUAAUAUAAUAUUUACAUUUAUUUAUCCAAUAACAAUUAUAGCUACAUGCAUACCUGUAAAGUUAAAUAUUGUUUAAUGCAAGACACUUAUUUUAUCUUAUUGUUUAAAAAAAGAAUAGUACAAUAAUCUGUUUCAUUUUUAGUAUAAUAGUAAUUAACAAUUAAUUAUUUAGGUCAUUUUUAUGAUAUAUAUUUUUUAAUAUUCUUGUAUACAAUAUGGUUACUAUAUUAUGUAAACAUAAUGUAAAAUUGUUGACAAAAAAUAGUGCCUUGCAUUAAAAUAAAUCUGCUCUGUAUAACUCAUGUGUGUAUUAUAUACAUUUAUGUAUAUAGUAUAAUAAUAUGUAUACAUGUAUUAUUGUCAUGUAUAAUAAUAUUAAAUUAGUGGAUGUUUAGAAAUGUAUGGUGGGAGUGUGCUAUAUUAAAAAAAUGUGCAGGUAUUUAGCUUUGGUUACGGCAUUGGCGGCAGAAGCCGAUUUUGUGUUCAUUCCUGAAUGGCCGCCUCAUCAAGAUUGGGCGUCGAAAAUG